CCCAGAUCAAGCUCUUCACAAGUGGAGUUACUAAAAUGUUUGCAAGAAGUCAGAAAAAUCUACCCCGCCUUAUUUCAAGGAUUGCUAGUAAUUAUGGACAACAAUUAAAGAUCCGAUGUGACAGGAAAAUUGUAUAUGUCAAGAACUUACAGGUGUGGGGAUGGUUAAAGAAGCCUGUGGGUCGACUAUGUAUAGCGUGGGUACCAUCUAUGUUUGUUGUUAAGGCCUGGGGGUGGGGAUCAAAUGAGGAAAAACCUAAGGCACAAGAGAUUCAGAAUGAAAACAGUAUUCUCUCUGAAGAAGAAAAGGCAAUCCAACAAGCAGAUGAACUGUAUGUGCAACAUCACACAAUGCAAUUGUACGAGUUACUAAUAAAAUAUAAGGACUGUUCCAAUGAUGAAAUUCUGUGGCGACUCGCCCGCGCUGCAGUUGACAAAGGAAAGGUUAUUGGUGGUGAAGAAAAGAAGGCGCUUUAUUAUGAGGCAUUUGAUUAUGCAAAAAGAUCGCUGGAGUUAAACGAUAAAAAUCCCUCCUGUCAUAAGUGGUUUGCAGUUCUGCUUGAUUACACUGGAGAAUAUGAGGGUACAAAACAGAGAAUCUCAAAUGCAUUCCAAGUCAAAGAACAUUUCAUGAAAGCCAUUGAACUAAACCCUAAAGAUGCUACAUCUGUACAUUCCAUAGGAUAUUGGUGUUUCCUGUUUGCUGACCUAGCGUGGUAUCAGCGGAAAAUUGCAUCUGUUAUUUUCACGUCACCUCCUACCUCCACAUAUGAAGAGGCUUUAGAAUAUUUACUCAAAGCUGAAACAAUUGAACCAAACUUCUACAGUAUGAACCUGAUGAUGAUUGGCAAGACGUAUCAGCGUAUGAAAAACAACCAAAAAGCAAAAGAAUAUUUAAUCCGUGCUAGAGAUUAUCCAGUCAGAACAUCUGAUGAUAAAAAGGCACAUGAAGAGUCUAUUGAGCUACUGAAGACUUUAGGAGUAGAAUCCUAGCUCAAUGUUGUAAAUGUAUCCCAUAAUGCAUUUAGGAUCAGCAGACGUGUCCCAUAAUUCUUUUGAAAUUGGCAGACGUGUCUCAUAUUGUCUCUGAAAUAAACAGGCAGAAUCAUCCCACAGUGCACCUGGACAGUUCAAUACAUAUACAUCCCUAAGUGCAGAAUAUGAUAGGGUGUCUUUAAAUAUGAAUCAACUAUUAUUUACCAUAAUGCAUCUGGAUUGAGCAGAGGUGUACUCAGUUCAACCGAUGAGUGCUAUGAAGAGGAGGAGAUUACCCAUAGUUCAUAGUUGAACUCAUAAUUAC